AUGGCGACGGCGCCAACAAAGCUUGUGCGCCACGCCAUAAACGAGGGCCGCCUACUGCUCGUCUCCAACCGUCUGCCCAUCACCAUCAAGCGCUCCGAUGAGGGCAAGUACGAAAUGUCCAUGUCCUCAGGGGGCCUCGUCAGUGGCUUGAGUGGACUGUCAAAGACGACCACCUUCCAAUGGUACGGCUGGCCCGGUCUGGAAGUUCCAGAUGACGAGGCGUCCGACCUCAAAGACCAACUGAAGAAGGAGUACAAUGCCGUACCCAUCAUGCUUGACGACGAGCUGGCAGACCGACAUUACAACGGCUUUUCCAACGCCAUCAUGUGGCCCCUCUUUCACUACCACCCAGGUGAGAUCACAUUUGACGAGUCUGCCUGGGAUGGGUACACCAAGGCAAACCGUCUCUUCGCCAAAGCAGUCGCCAAGGACGUGCAAGACAACGACAUGGUCUGGGUGCACGACUACCACCUUAUGCUCAUGCCAGCCAUGUUGCGAGAAGAGAUUGGCAAGACCAAGAAGAACGUCAAGAUUGGCUUCUUCUUGCACACCCCUUUCCCCAGCUCCGAAAUCUACCGCAUUCUACCUGUCCGAAACGAAAUCCUUCUUGGCGUGCUACAUUGCGACUUGAUUGGUUUCCACACAUACGACUAUGCCCGUCACUUCCUGAGCAGUUGCUCACGUAUACUGGGCCUGGCGACCACUCCCAACGGUGUCGAGUUCCAAGGCAAGGUCGUCACAGUGGGUGCCUUCCCCAUUGGUAUCGACCCCGAGAAGUUCGACGAAGGCCUCCAGAAACCCAAGGUCCAGGAGCGCAUAGCAGCCCUCGAGAAGAAAUUCCAGGGCGUCAAGCUUAUUGUUGGUGUGGACCGUCUCGACUACAUCAAGGGUGUGCCUCAGAAGCUUCAUGCACUCGAAGUCUUCCUCACAGAACACCCCGAAUGGAUUGGCAAAGUCGUCCUCGUUCAGGUCGCUGUCCCUUCUCGUCAGGACGUCGAGGAAUACCAGAACCUCCGCGCCGUCGUCAACGAGCUCGUCGGACGCAUCAAUGGUAAAUUUGGUACCAUUGAGUUCAUGCCUAUUCACUUCAUGCACAAAUCUGUUUCCUUUGACGAGCUGAUUGCCCUCUACUCGGUUUCUGAUGUUUGCCUCGUGUCCUCGACACGUGACGGGAUGAACUUGGUGUCCUACGAGUACAUUGCAACACAGGAGAAGCGCCAUGGUGUCAUGAUUCUAUCAGAAUUCACCGGUGCUGCACAGAGUCUCAAUGGCAGUUUGAUUGUCAACCCCUGGAACACAGAGGAGUUGGCCGAUGCCAUUCAUGACGCCGUUACCAUGGGAGAUGAACAGCGCAGUUUGAAUUACCAAAAGCUGAGCAAAUACGUGCGCAAGUAUACAAGUGCUUGGUGGGGUGAGUCGUUUGUCACCGAACUUAGAAGGAUAUCGGAAAGCGGAGACAGGAAGGUUCGCUUUGGCGCGGUCAGCACAGCAAAUCCAGAGGCCAGCGACUCGGCACCGGUGAAAGAAGACGACAAGGCCGCGAAGGAGACAGAUUCCGCGGAAAAGGGGGAGAGUGUCGACACGCCAGAAGGCUUUGGCCUUCCUCUCCGACCUGCUACAUCCUAG